GGAGAAUGUGUUGGAUUUUCUUGGGGAUUUGAUCUCUCUUCAUUAUUACUACGGUUUAAUAUUUGAUUAUAGUAAUAAUAAUCACGAUUUUUAAAGUGGCAUUAAUUAAGGAUUAAUCCAGAGAAGCUUCUUUUGUCCACCUGCAAUGACUUUAAUACCCAUUUUAGACGUUAAAGGAUCAGUAUCGCCACGGCGGCAUGACUCAUCCGCUCCUUCCAAUACGCCGUCGUUUUAUACCCCCACCUCGAAUUGAAAAAAAAAAAACCCCAACAACAAAGAUAAAAACGUAAAACGAAAAAAGCAUAUCAAUCUCUGUGCCUCUCUCAAUUCUCAAAUUCUGAAUUCUGAUCGUAUCUUCUUCUCUUUAAGAUUAUCAUUUGAAUAUCUUCUUCAUCUUCUUCUCCAAGCCCCUCUCUCUCUGUAUCGAUCAAUCAUCAAUAGGAGGAGCUAGCGAGGGGAUUCAAUAAAGAGAUCUUCUUCUUCUUCUUCGAUUCACUUUCCUUUCUUUUCCAUUUUCCCUUUCGUCGUCGUCGUCAAUGGUGAUGGAGGACAACGAGAGUUGCGCUAGUAGAGUUAUUUUCGACGCCUUACCUACCUCCCAGGCCACUAUGGACCGCCGUGAGCGCAUCAAAAUGGAGGUCUUCGAUGAGGUUCUCCGCCGUCUCCGUCAAUCGGACAUUGAAGACGCCCAUCUCCCUGGUUUCGAAGACGACCUCUGGAAUCACUUCAAUCGCCUCCCUGCCAGGUAUGCUUUGGAUGUGAAUGUGGAGAGGGCUGAAGACGUCUUGAUGCACAAGCGAUUGCUGCAUUCUGCUUACGAUCCCCAGAAUCGGCCUGCUAUCGAAGUUCAUCUCGUCCAGGUUCAACCUGCCGGGAUCUCUGCUGACUUGGACUCUACUUCUAAUGAUGCUGGUCAUUCUUCUCCUACCCGAAAAAGCAUUCAUCCGCCGCCUGCCUUUGGUUCAUCCCCUAAUCUUGAAGCACUUGCACUUGCAGCUAGUUUAUCCCAAGACGAGGAUGCAGACAACUCUGUUCAUAACAAUUCACUCUAUUCACGGCCCUUGCAUGAGAUAACCUUUUCCACAGAAGACAAGCCUAAACUCCUUUUUCAGUUAACUGCCUUGCUUGCUGAGCUUGGGCUGAACAUUCAAGAGGCACAUGCUUUCUCUACAACUGAUGGCUACUCACUAGAUGUUUUUGUUGUUGAUGGCUGGCCGUACGAGGAAACAGAGAGACUUAGGAUAUCAUUGGAGAAAGAAGCAGCAAAGAUCGAGUUGCAGAGCCAAAGCUGGCCUAUGCAGCAAUCCUUCUCUCCGGAAAAGGAAAAUGGGCAAACAGGUGCCAGAACGCAUGUUCCAAUACCCAAUGACGGAACUGAUGUUUGGGAAAUCAACCUUAAACACCUAAAAUUUGGGCAUAAAAUAGCGUCUGGUUCUUAUGGAGAUCUGUAUAAAGGUACAUACUGUAGCCAGGAAGUUGCUAUCAAAGUCCUAAAGCCAGAGCGUCUAGACUCAGAUCUAGAGAAAGAGUUUGCCCAAGAAGUCUUUAUUAUGAGGAAAGUUAGACACAAAAAUGUUGUUCAGUUCAUUGGUGCUUGCACCAAGCCUCCACAUCUGUGUAUCGUUACAGAAUUCAUGCCCGGUGGAAGUGUAUAUGACUAUCUACACAAGCAAAAGGGCGUCUUUAAGCUUCCAACUUUGUUUAAAGUAGCUAUAGAUAUUUGCAAAGGGAUGAGCUACUUACACCAAAAUAACAUAAUUCACAGAGAUUUGAAGGCUGCCAACCUCUUAAUGGACGAAAAUGAGGUGGUUAAGGUUGCAGACUUUGGGGUGGCUAGAGUGAAAGCACAAACUGGAGUUAUGACAGCUGAAACUGGAACAUAUCGCUGGAUGGCUCCAGAGGUGAUAGAACACAAGCCAUAUGAUCACAAGGCUGACGUAUUCAGCUACGGGAUUGUGCUAUGGGAGUUGUUGACUGGGAAGCUUCCAUAUGAAUACAUGACGCCGUUGCAGGCAGCAGUAGGGGUUGUCCAAAAGGGAUUAAGGCCAACAAUACCAAAGAACACGCAUCCGAAAUUGGCAGAGCUAUUGGAGAGAUUGUGGGAGCAUGAUUCGACGCAGAGACCAGACUUCUCAGAGAUCAUAGAGCAGCUUCAAGAGAUAGCCAAGGAGGUAGGAGAAGAGGGAGAGGAGAAGAAAAAGUCGUCAACAGGACUAGGAGGGGGUAUAUUUGCAGCCCUGAGGAGAAGCACCACACAUCAUUGAAAACUGUAAAGCAGCAAAUUAAUUUGCAGAUGAAUGAUAAUGAGCCUCUGUAUUUGUUUGUGUGUUGCUCCCCUUAUUCAAUUGAUUUUGAUUUCCUUUGUAAGUUGCUGCACCACACUAUCUCUAUCUCAAAAAAAAAAAAGCUUUUAAUGAAAGAAAAAACUCUUCAUUUAGCAUCAAAGCAAAUGCACCCAAAAAUAGAAAAA